AUCUCUCUCUUUCUUUUCACCAAGAAUUCAAUCGAACCCCCGCUCCUGUAGACCCCAACCACGCCGUCCAUCGACCGUUGCAGAUCUCCCUCUUCACGCAGCGACGCAAGAAAAGCUCCCCUCUCUCUCUCUCUCUCUCUCUUCGAGCCAAGAAGAGGGGCUUUUCUGUUCUGUCUUGCGCGAGUUCGGAAAUCCAAGAACACACCCAGAUACGGAGAGAUUGAGAUCAGCAAGACCCAGAAGAUGGAUUCAGCUCAGCGGAGGAAGAGCGGCAUCAAUCUCCCGUCCGGGAUGUCCGAGACCUCGCUCCGGCUCGAUGCGUUCUCGGGUUCAUCUUUCCGGGCCAUCUCCAACCUGACGUCCCCGUCCAAGUCCUCUUCCAUCAGCGACAGAUUCAUCCCUUGCAGAUCUUCUUCUAGGCUCCACACUUUCGGGCUCGUCGAGAAAGGGUCGCCGGUUAAGGAAGGAGGGAACGAGGCGUACUCGAGGUUGUUAAAGGCUGAGCUUUUUGGGUCUGAUUUUGGUUCUCUCUCUCCUGCAGGUCAAGGGUCGCCCAUGAGCCCCAGCAAGAAUAUGUUGCGGUUCAAGACCGAGAGUUCGGGCCCGAACUCGCCGUAUUCCCCGUCGAUCCUGAGGCAGGACAGCGGUUUCUCCAGCGAAGCUUCGACGCCUCCUAAGCCACCGAGGAAGGUGCCCAAGACGCCGCAUAAGGUUCUGGAUGCCCCAUCGCUGCAAGAUGACUUCUAUUUGAAUCUGGUUGACUGGUCAUCUCAGAAUGUGCUUGCGGUCGGAUUGGGCACUUGUGUUUACCUAUGGAGUGCAUCAAACAGCAAAGUGACAAAGCUGUGUGAUCUGGGACCUAAUGAUGGUGUCUGUGCAGUACAGUGGACUCGAGAGGGUUCAUACAUUUCAAUUGGCACCAGCCUCGGUCAAGUUCAGAUAUGGGAUGGAGCUCAGUGCAAGAGAGUACGGACAAUGGGUGGUCAUCAGACCAGAACAGGGGUCUUGGCAUGGAACUCGCGCACAUUAGCUUCUGGUAGCAGAGACCGGGUCAUACUUCAGCAUGAUCUUCGCAUUCCAAAUGACUUCGUAGGCAAGCUUGUCGGCCACAAAUCUGAGGUAUGUGGAUUGAAAUGGUCCCAUGAUGACAGAGAACUCGCAUCAGGUGGGAACGACAAUCAGCUACUGGUAUGGAAUCAGCACUCUCAGCAACCAGUUCUGAAGCUUACUGAGCAUACUGCAGCAGUGAAAGCCAUAGCAUGGUCUCCCCAUCAGAAUGGGCUACUUGCAUCAGGAGGAGGAACCGCUGAUCGAUGCAUACGCUUCUGGAACACCACCAAUGGCCAUCAGUCGAGCAGUGUCGACACUGGGAGUCAGGUAUGUAAUCUGGCUUGGAGUAAGAAUGUCAAUGAGCUGGUGAGCACUCAUGGGUAUUCACAGAAUCAAAUAAUGGUGUGGAAGUAUCCAUCCAUGGCGAAGGUUGCCACUCUAACUGGCCAUAGUCUUCGGGUUCUAUAUCUUGCCAUGUCUCCAGAUGGCCAGACAAUAGUGACAGGAGCUGGUGAUGAGACCUUGCGGUUUUGGAAUGUAUUUCCAUCGGCUAAGACGCCGGCACCGGUCAAGGAUACAGGUCUCUGGUCUUUGGGGCGAACCCAUAUCAGAUAGAGCUGCAUGCUUGUUCAUGCUAGCUCGGUCUCUCUUGAAAAGAAACAUAUUUGAUUACAUUACGAUGUAAAAAGAUCUUGCACUGUAAACUGAAAUUACACAUUUUGUAAAUUGUGAGUAGCAGAGAAGAAACUUUUGUACAAGAUUAAUAUGUGUGGUAUAAUAAGAUUUGUAAAUGAUCUCAA